UCUUGCCGCUGCCGCUACAGCUUGAAGCCAAACAUUUAAUGAAAGCGAGCGGGAGGGGCCGAAUAGAGGAAUGAUGGGCGUGGCCAACCCCGAGGUGGCUGGAGGCCGCGCCCCCUUCCCAGAGUGCACCGCAGCCGCUGCAUUCAGGAACCGCUUCAGCUUCGGCCCCCGCCAGGCGGGGAACACGGUCUGGUGUGGUCUGGCCAUGGAUGGGCUCCAGGCCAGUGCAGGGCCGUUGAGGCGCGGGCGGCCGAGGCGCCGGCGCAAGCCACAGCCACACAGCGGGUCGGUCCUGGCCCUGCCCUUGAGGCCCAGGAAGAUACGAAAGCAGCUGAGAAGUGUUGUAUCCCGCAUGGCAGCGCUGAGGACGCAGACGCUGCCUAGCGAGGAUUCGGAGGACUCGAGGGUGGAGUCGACGGCAGACGACCUGAGGGACGCGCUACCCGGUGGGGCGGCGGUGGCGGCCGUCCCGGACGCAGCCCGGCGAGAGCCAUACGGCCACCUGGGGCCCGCAGAGCUGCUGGAGGCCUCGCCCGCCGCACGCUCCCUGCAGACCCCGCCGGCGCGCCUGGUGCCCGCUUCCGCGCCGCCCGCGCGCCUGGUGGAGGUGCCCGCCGCGCCGGCCCGGGUGGUGGAGACCUCGGCCCUGCUGUGCACCGCGCAGCACUUGGCGGCCGCCCAGUCGUCCGGGGCCCCUGCGACGGCGCCGGGGCCGCAGGUGGAUAACACGGGUGGGGAGCCGGCCUGGGACUCCCCGCUGCGGCGCGUCUUGGCCGAGCUGAACCGCAUCCCCAGCAGCCGGCGGCGAGCGGCCCGCCUCUUUGAGUGGCUCAUCGCGCCCAUGCCGCCAGAUCACUUCUACCGGCGCCUAUGGGAGCGCGAGGCGGUGCUGGUGCGGCGGCAGGACCACACCUACUACCAGGGACUUUUCUCUACCGCCGACCUGGACUCGAUGCUGCGCAACGAGGAGGUGCAGUUCGGCCAGCACUUGGACGCCGCUCGCUACAUCAACGGGCGACGCGAGACCCUGAACCCACCCGGCCGCGCGCUGCCCGCCGCCGCGUGGUCCCUGUACCAGGCCGGCUGCUCCCUGCGCCUCCUCUGUCCGCAGGCUUUCUCUACCACUGUGUGGCAGUUUUUGGCUGUGCUUCAAGAGCAGUUUGGAAGCAUGGCAGGCUCCAACGUUUACCUCACGCCCCCUAACUCGCAGGGCUUUGCCCCCCACUACGACGACAUCGAGGCCUUCGUGCUGCAGCUGGAAGGUAGGAAACUCUGGCGUGUAUACCGACCCCGAGUCCCAACCGAGGAACUGGCUCUGACAUCCAGCCCCAACUUCAGUCAGGACGACCUCGGUGAGCCGGUGCUGCAGACCGUGCUGGAACCUGGAGAUUUGCUGUAUUUUCCUCGGGGCUUCAUUCACCAAGCUGAAUGCCAGGAUGGAGUCCACUCUCUGCACCUCACCUUGUCCACGUACCAGCGCAAUACCUGGGGUGACUUCUUAGAGGCCAUACUGCCUCUGGCAGUGCAGGCUGCAAUGGAAGAAAACGUGGAGUUUCGGAGGGGUCUGCCCCGAGACUUCAUGGAUUACAUGGGGGCCCAGCAUUCAGAUUCUAAGGAUCCGCGAAGAACCGCUUUCAUGGAGAAGGUGCGGGUCUUGGUUGCCCGCCUGGGACACUUUGCUCCUGUUGAUGCUGUGGCCGACCAGCGAGCCAAAGACUUCAUCCACGAUUCUCUGCCCCCUGUUUUGACUGAUAGGGAGAGGGCACUAAGUGUUUACGGGCUUCCAAUUCGCUGGGAGGCUGGAGAACCUGUAAACGUCGGGGCCCAGUUGACAACAGAUACAGAAGUCCACAUGCUUCAGGAUGGGAUAGCUCGGCUGGUGGGUGAGGGGGGCCACUUGUUUCUCUAUUACACAGUGGAAAACUCCCGUGUGUAUCAUCUGGAAGAACCCAAGUGCUUGGAAAUAUACCCCCAGCAAGCUGAUGCCAUGGAACUGUUGCUUCGUUCUUACCCAGAGUUUGUGAGAGUGGGGGACCUGCCCUGUGACAGUGUGGAGGACCAGCUUUCCUUGGCAACCAUGUUGUAUGAUAAGGGGCUGCUGCUCACCAAGAUGCCUCUAGCCCUAAAUUAGUUUCUUGUUGAUUGCUGGAAACAAGGUAGUAGUGAUUCUCCCCUGCCACUGCUACCUUUUUUUUUUUUUUUUUCUUAAACUCAUGUUCUUACCUUGAUAACCAUCAGUGUGCUCACAUUUACCUUUAUGACUGCUUCAGUGUCACAAACCUCGGAAGGUCUUCUAGGAAGAACCAUCUCAUCUAGGUACAAAAGGAAAAGGAGAAGUUGGAGGUAGAAAAAAAAACCUUGAUCCGUGAUCAUUUCAGAGCACCAACUUCAUCACCUUCAGGCUUCAGUGUACUGGGUAGCACUGACCAUGUCAUUCUGCUUGAGACAGACAUUAGAUUUUUUUUUGGAAUUUGGAUCUUUCAUCUGAGUUCUUUUUCAUCAGUUUGGGGGGCGGGGGCGGGGUCAGUAUCCUGUUUGUUAUUGUUAAAUUUGUAUGAACCUUAGAAAAGUUAUUAAAGUGCCAAAGAAUGUUUCCCUUU